AUGGCUGAUAGAGGCGGAUUCGAUCGCGGCUUCGGCCGCGGGGACCGCGGAGGGCGCGGGGACAGGGGCCGCGGAGACAGGGGGCGCGGGCGCGGGCGCAGACGCUCGGACGAUAAGGAGGAGGCGUGGGUGCCGGUGACUAAGCUCGGGCGGCUCGUGAAGGAGGGGAAGAUCAAGUCGAUCGAGCACAUUUACCUCUUUUCGCUGCCGAUUAAGGAGCAUCAGAUUGUCGAGGCGUUCCUGCCGACUCUUAAGGACGAGGUGAUGAAGAUCAUGCCCGUGCAGAAGCAGACGCGCGCCGGGCAGCGUACGCGUUUUAAGGCGUUCGUCGUCGUGGGUGACUGCAACGGUCACAUCGGCCUCGGCGUGAAGUGCGCUAAGGAGGUGGCCACCGCCAUCCGCGGCGCGCUGAUCCUCGCGAAGCUGUCCGUGAUUCCCGUGCGACGCGGGUACUGGGGUAACAAGAUCGGCAAGCCGCACACCGUGCCGACUAAGGUUACCGGGAAGUGCGGCUCGGUCACCGUGCGACUCGUGCCCGCGCCGCGUGGUUCCGGGAUUGUGGCGGCGCGCGUGCCGAAGAAGGUUCUGCAGUUCGCGGGGAUCGAGGACGUGUUCACGUCGUCGCGCGGCUCCACGAAAACGCUCGGCAAUUUCGUGAAGGCCACGUUCGCCUGUCUGCUCAACACGUACGCCUUCCUGACGCCCGACCUCUGGCACGCCACCAAGUUCACCAAGACGCCCUUCCAGGAGUUCACCGACUUCCUUGCCAAGCCCCACAAGCUCGCCCUCCCUGCCGUCGUGCCCGAUGCCUUUGCUGCCCCCCCUCCUGCCGCCGCUGCCCCUAGAGGUCACGCCACCAAGUUCACCAAGACGCCCUUCCAGGAGUUCACCGACUUCCUCGCCAAGCCCCACAAGCUCGCCCUCCCCGCCACUGUGCCCAGCCCCACAAGCUCGCCCUCACUGCCACUGUGCCCGAUGCCUUUGCUGCCCCCCCCUCCUGCCGCCGCCGCCCCUGCGUUUGGCAUCGCAGCCCAUUACGCCGAUUACCCAGUGCUGCUCUCCCCCUCCCCCCCUGUGCUCGCCCCCUCUCCCCGUGUUCACCCCACAGGCGCGUUUGGCAUCGCAGCCCAUUACGCCGAUUACCCAGUGCUUCUGAGUCGGCCAAUCAGGCAGCGCCUCGCGAUCGUUGAGCCAAUCACGCGCGAGCUGUCGCUCCGGGAGCUUCCCGUACCUGGCGACCCGUACUCCCACGACCCUCUUGCUUCGGUGCCGUUCCUGGCUUACACGCCCGGGACGAAGGGGAGGAGGAGCAGGGGAGGAAGGGGAGAGGGGAGAGGAGGAGGAGGAGGAGGAGGAGGAGGAGGAGGAGGAGGAGGAGGAGGAGGAGGAGGAGGAGGAGGAGGAGGAGGAGGAGAAGGAGGGGAUGAGGAAGGGGGAAGUGUGAGGGGACCUGUCAUAUAUGCCAACUAUGGAACAGAGGAGGAUUUCCAGAUGCUGAUUGAUCUGCUGCGAGAGGGAGGGAGCGGGAAAGGAGGGGAAGGAGGAGGGGGAGGAGGAGAGGGGGAAGGAGGAGAGGGGAGGGGUAAAGGGGGGGUAGAGAGGGGAGGAGGCGCGGGAGGAGGUGGAGGGGGAGGCGAAGGGGCAUGUGCAGGAGCGAUAGUGCUGAUGCGAUAUGGGAAGAUCUACAGAGGAGACAAGGUGCGCAAUGCAGCAGCGUGUGGCGCCAAGGCAGCAAUAAUCUACUCCGACCCAGCAGACUACGGUAGCACCACUCUCUACCCCUCUGGCCCGGGCCUGCCACCCUCUGGCGCCCAGCGCGGCUCAAUCUACGAGUCUCUCGGCGACCCACAGACGCCAGGCUGGCCCUCCCGCCCGGGCGGCGAGCGCUUGUCCUUAUCCGAGGUGGCCGGCAGCCUGCCGCCCAUCCCCGCCCUGCCGCUGUCGUACGGGCAGGCGAAUUAUAUCCUGGAGCUGCUUGGGGGUGCUUUUGCCCCAGAAGAAUGGAUUGGGGAUAUCGAAGGGUUGGAGUAUCGUGUUGGACCGGGUCCUGUAGUGGUGGAGAUGGAAAUAGAGGUGAACGACACCGUUACUAACAUUCGCAACGUGAUUGAGUCGAUCAAGGGCCAAUCGGAACCUGACAGAUACGUGCUGGUGGGUAACCACAGGGAUGCGUGGGUGUUUGGCGCUGCAGACCCCAACAGUGGCACGGCAUGCAUGCUCGAGAUGGCACGCGCGUUUGGGUCAUUGCUGGCUGCUGGGUGGCGCCCUGCGCGCUCCAUCGUUUUUGGCUCGUGGGAUGCAGAGGAGUUUGGACUGAUUGGGUCAACCGAGUGGGUGGAGGACAACGCCCCGCUGCUCUCCUCUCGCGCUGUCGCUUACAUAAACGUCGACACCGCCGUGUCUGGCGCUGGUUUUCAUGCUGCUGCCACUCCACAGCUGGAUGACGUCAUCAGAGAGGUUGCUGAGCUGGUGGAGGAUCCAGACAAGCAAGGCCAGUCGGUGUAUGCCUCGUGGGCUGAGAGGACCAACCGCACUGUGCCCUAUGAUUACACCAACGAGCUCCAGGCCUCGUUACAGUCACACCCAGCGCAGCAGCACGUGUCUCUGGAUGCUAUCUGGAACGCCAUUGGCCAGCUUGAGACGGCAGUGACAGAGAUCACCAAUCAGAGAGCAGAAGCUAUUGCAGCAGGAGAAGCAGCAGGAGAAGCAGUAGGAGAAGGAAAGCGAGCGGGAGGAGUUGAAUCAGGAGUAGGCGGAGGAGGGGGAGAAGGAGAAGGAGGAGUGGCAUUGGCACAGCGCAGAUUGAUGAGCGCAUCCCCCAGCGUGCAUCUUCACAUGCCUCUUCCUCUUCUUCUGAGGGACAUCAAUGACCGACUCAUGCUGGCUGAGCGCGGCUUCCUGGAAGCUGCUGGGCUCGGGCCCGGCUACACGUGGUACCGGCACAUGGUGUAUGGUCCCAGUCGUGCCAACGACUAUGGGUCAGUGGCCUUCCCUUCAGUGGCCGACGCGCUACAGGACACAACCAGGGGUGGUGGAGCAACAUCUG